UGCUAGUGUACGCUAAUAGUACACACUUGCCAAUCAGCCAAACAAACAACAACAAUUUUCCAUUGAUAACACAUUUGAACUUUUCGGGCGCGAGUACUUCAAUGAGAGAAUUGAAAAUAUUUUGUGAACAUGUUGAUUGAUAUGAAUGCAAAGAAAGGAGAAGUAAUAAGUAUAAAAGGAAUAUCGUAGAGGAUGAUUAUCACUCUAGGAUUUGUGUUCUUCGUGGCCUUCUCUCAUAAUGGGAUUGAUGCCCAAACCACUGCAAAAGGACCUUUGGUCGUGAUAACAUGGGAUUAUCCGGCUGCAACCAAACUUGCCUGGGAAGUUCUCAAUGAAGAGAAGAAGACUUCAGUCGAUGCCGUUGAAGCCGCGGGUAGUCUCUGCGAAGCAAUGCAGUGCAGAACUACAGUCGGUUACGGCGGGAGUCCUGAUGAAGCUGGAGAAACUACACUGGACGCUAUGAUAAUGGAUGGGGUCACGAUGGAUGUCGGAGCAGUCGGUGGUAUAAGAAAAAUCAAAAGUGCCAUAUCAGUUGCGAGAAAAGUCCUGGAAAAUACGAAACAUACUCUACUGGGUGGGGAUCAGGCCAAGGAGUUCGCUGUAAGAAUGGGAUUCAAAGAGGAAUCACUGACGACUAAUUUUUCGACGGACAUAUGGCAGAAGUGGAGGGCUAACAACUGUCAACCUAAUUUCUGGAAGAACGUCUCUCCAGAUCCUUCAAAAUCAUGUGGCCCAUACACUCCGAAAGAAGAAUUGAGCCAGCAGUACGGACUAAGCAGCCCUGACUCUGAUGAAGAUAACCACGACACUAUUGGAAUAGUCGCGAUGGACAGCAAUGGAAGAAUUGCUGCAGGAACAUCUACCAAUGGCAUCAAGAAUAAAAUCCCCGGACGGAUUGGGGAUUCACCUAUCCCAGGAUCGGGUGCCUAUGCUGAUCAAGAAGUUGGGGCUGCUGCUGGGACUGGGGACGGCGAUAUUAUGAUGCGAUUCGUUCCAAGUUUUCUCGCUGUCGAAGAAAUGCGUCGUGGCGCAACUCCAACAGCAGCAGCUGCCGAAGCGAUAGCAAGAAUUGCCAAGCAUUACCCAGCAUUCACUGGCGGAGUAAUUGCAAUUGAUAAAAAUGGAAACUACGGCGCAGCCUGCAAUGGAAUACCAUCUUUCCCAUUUUACGUAGCUAAUCCCGAUCUCGGAGGAGCAACAAACAUGUCUGUUCCCUGCACCAAUUCCGUCAAACCUGAAACAGUUGUAUCAUUGAUAUAAUAAUUAUCGUCAUUAAACAUUCCGUUUGCUCAGUUAUGUUUAAAUUACGAAUCUAUGAGAUUUUUUGUAUAUUUUUAUCUUGAGUUAUGGAGAAAUAAAGAUUUUUUUACUG